CACAAGAGGCAACACCUAGCUACCGCUCUUUUGUUUCUUUCCUGUGCCUCUCUACUAACGAUGCUGUGUCACCAUUUGGCUCCCCACCACCAGCUGACUGCGCAUGACGGCGGCGUCGACACCCCGAGCUCGGCUGCCAUAACGAGGAGCCGAGAGACUGGUUCCAUUCUACAAUGAUGUCCUUCCGAAUGUCUAUCUCUGCAUAUCAAACCAGAUAUAUUCGGAAGCGAGCUGUUUUGCUUGCUUGUUUCCUAUUUGAGCAGGCCAAAUACAUACACCUUCCUGACAUAGAUAGUUUUCUUCAUAUUCACCAGUUCACCAGUUCACCAUGACCCCUGCCGAUGAUGAGGGACUUUGUGGCGGGCCGUGACGCCAACCCAACAAUGUUGAGAAGAAUAGCAUCCCGGAAAUGCAUUCCGCAGUAGGACAAACAACAGUCUCGUAGGAUGGAAACAUGUGAGCGGGACACAGGCGUGGCCAAUCAUGGCGGGGGUGAAGUCUUUGCCAGCGGGACGGAAUUCGACGAUGAAACGGGAGCUGUUUCAUCAACCACCACGCGCUCCACCAAGUCGGCAAGUCGUGCCUGUUAGCUUCUCAACCCGCACUACGCCUGUCAGCUAGCACUCGUCGCCGUUCGCCUUAACAGCGACUACCGGGGGACAAUGAAGUCAUCGUCCGAAGAGCGGUCAAUGGCACCGGGUUUGCUUGAUAAAGUUGAAGCAGUUCAACGAGAUUACCAUCAUGCAGCCUUGCGAGGAAGACCCUAUUCACCACCCCAUCACCACGCCAGGCUGUCGGAAGCACAAGGUAUGCCCAAGGUCUGUCAUUGCUCGUUCGAUCUCCAAGCCAUCAUUCGCUCUGUUCUGUUGAUUACCGUUGCUGCCCCCUUUUUUUGCCCCUCCGUGGGAACCGAAUGAUAAGAGCUGGCUGGGCUGGGCCACAAUCCCCCCUCACGGAAGGGUGAUGGUCAGACCAAGAGGCCAGGCGGCUACAAACAUAUGCCUUCUGGGGAAUCCUGGAGUAGGUGAUGGCCGAGACGGUGUUGCGGAAGCACAGGCACAGCACAAAAAAAAGAUCACCAGGGCAUGGCAUGGUUUUGGGGCCAUUGGGGAAAGAUUCGGCUUUGUCAUCCGUCGUUGGAGGUUCUGGAAUCCAGACCUUUUCCUUCCAUCUUGGCACCGGCGCAAGCCACAAGCGAAAAGCUCACGCCACAGUCUGA